AAGUCUUAUGUGUGCAUGGCUGCUGUGCUCCUCCUCGGUUUCCUUGGUGCAAGCUAUGGUUCUUCCGAUAGGUGCUUCUGCCCUUGCUCAUCUCCAUCAGCCACUGUUGCUCCGCCACCUUUUCACUCACCUCCAACACCAUCUUCGCCACCACCACCGCCAGCUUUUCACUCAACUCCACCUCCAGUGUCUCUCUCGUUGGAAAUCUCGUACGGAGGAGUGCCAGUAAGGAUUGGAAGCAUUUUCUCGUGCCGGGACACCGUGAGCACUCCUCAAAUUCGAGUAACCGGCCACGCCGACCCCAACCAGCUCUACUCGCUUAUUAUGCUGGAUCGGAGGGCGUCGAGGUCGAUCUUCUCGAUCGCGGAUCAGUACACGUACAUCCACUACUGGGUCGCAAACAUCCGCGGAUCAUCGAUCAACAAUGGCGAUGGAACUCUCGGGAGAGUUUUGGAAGGAUACAUGCAGCCAGCCCCGCACGACUACUUGCUUCACAAUUACGAGUUCCUGCUCGUUCCACAGCAGCAGGUGAUCAACACCCCUCUCGCUGAUCGAUUUGUCAAGGAUGUUGAUAGCAUGAUGCUCCAGUAUAAUCUUGGCAAGCCAGUGGCCACCACUUCGUUCACCGAGCAGCUUCGCGCUGGUAGAGGAUGUUAGGCGAUUUGGUUUUCAUAGAGUUCUUUGUAAAGUUCUUUUCUCAUCAAUGUUAUCCAAACUUUUGGCGAGUUUGAAAGCUCUGGGCCUUGUGCCAGUGGUGUUGUAGAG